AUGUAUUCAUUGCUUAUGCUAUAAAACAACAAGUGCUUUCGACCAAAUAAAAAAAGACGUACCAAAAUUUGUAAGCAAACACAAAAUUCACCGAGAAACAAAAGAAAACCUACAAAAAACAAUUGCAAGUGAGUUGAUUUGGUUGGUUGUAAGUCAAUUCUUUUGAAUACGUAUGAAUUGAUAAUAUUUCAUGGCUUUUCCGACGAUAAACGCUCAACAAGAAUUGAACAACCGCAAAAUUUUAGAAGAUUUACAACACAAAAAACUAAUUCUACAAAAAGGAGUAAGUUCAGUUGCGGGUAUUCCAUUGAACAGCGCUAAUCACAUAACAAAUAGCAUGCCACUGUUGAUGCAAGUAAACUCACAGCCACCCAUUGGUAUACUACCACAGCAGUCACAACAGACGCAAUCGCACGAUUUAUUGGUGAAUUCGCAAGGCAGCAAUUUAGGUCGAGCGGCUUGGGCUCAGGCAAAUAGUCAAUCGUUUGGUUUUUUCGUUGCUCAAGAUUCGAUGUUUGGUAAUAAUAUCUUGCCAGUAUUACCACGACCUCAACCCAAUCCACAAAACAAAUAA